AUGCGCGUCUCUUCGUUCCUCGCUCUCGUUUCCGCGACUUUCGGCGCCGCUGCUCCCAGCCCCGCUCCCUCCGGCGAUGCUGAGUCUUAUGUCCUCGCCGGCCCCCUCCCCUACGAGGAGCUCAAGGCCGAGGUCGCCAAGCUCAAGUCCGACGGCGAGUCCAACGUCGCCCGUAGCUUGAACAAGCGUAUUUGCGAGGGCGUAUACAUGUGUGACCUCGACAACUUCGGCGGCGAAUGUUACUAUGGCUGCUACCCCAUCAGCGUCGCUAUAUACCCGGACUCUUAUUGGGUUUCCCGUAUUAGUUCGGUUGGACCCGAUUCGGGUGGCUGGACUUGA